AUGGGCUACGAGUUCCACGCCCACGGCAUCAUCUCGGAUGCUGGAGAAGCUCCUCGACAAGUUCCAGGGCGAGCGCACCAGCAUCGAGAACCAGGAGAGGACCAGCGCACACGAGUUCGACAUCCUCGUCAAGGACCUCGCCGCCCAGAUCAACAACCCAAGGAGCGCCUGAGCGUGAUCGUGCCCGCUCGGGCCAAGCUCCUGGAGGACGCAGCUGCCGCGCAGGCAGAGAUGGAGGAGACGAUGGCCACGCGUGACGAGGACAAGAAGUACCUCGCCAACCUGCAGGCAACCUGCGCGGCGAAGGGUGACCAGUUCGAGUCGCGCCAGCAGCUGCGCGCGGAGGAGAUAGUGGCCAUCGAGAAGGCCAUCGAGAUCAUCCGGGGCGAGACCGUCAAGGGGUACGCGGAGAAGCACCUCCCCACGCUCGCGCAGACCCUGGGCGGCGGGCACUCCCUGGCGGCCUUCCGCUCCAACGUGCAGGCCCCGCAGGCCCAGAAGCGGGUGGCCGACUUCUUGCGGCGCCAGGCCGGCAGGACGGGCAGCCGGGUGCUGUCCAUGCUCGCCACGCGCGUGGAGGCGGACCCGUUCGGCAAGGUCAAGCAGAUGAUGACCUCAUCACCCGGCUGA